AUGGCCGGAAGCUCGGAUUAUCGGCCUUUUAACCUGGCAGCAAGAGUCGUAGGAAAGAGACGACGACUCAUACUACCUGCCAAGUUGAAGUCGGCGAUACCCGCCAUUGCUCUGGUUCUGUCGGCGGUGGCCAUUGUUGCUGUCAUAACUCAGCACCACCGGAACAUCACCUACUUCCUCCGGCCGCUGUGGGACACGCCGCCCAAGCCCUUCACCGUCAUCCCGCACUACUACGCCCCCAACACAUCCAUGGCCGAGCUGUGCGCGCUCCACGGCUGGCGCGCCCGCGCCUCCCCUCGCCGGGUCUUCGACGCCGUCCUCUUCAACAACGAGCUGGACAUCCUGGAGAUCCGCUACCGCGAGCUGCUCCCCUACGUCCACAAGCUGGUCAUCCUGGAGGCCAACGCCACCUUCACCGGCAUCCCCAAGCCGCUCUCCUUCGCCGAGAACCUGGAGCGCUUUGCGUUCGCGAGGUCCAAGAUCGUCUACGACAGGCUCCCCAUCGCCACACCGAGACCGGGGUCUCGUCGCCGGGAAGAGCCAUUCGACGUGGAGGCCCGGCACCGGCGCGCGCUGAACGCGCUGCUGCGGCGGUCGGGCGUCGCGGGCGGGGACGUGGUGAUCAUGGCGGACGCGGACGAGAUCCCGAGCCCGGAGACGGUGCAGCUGCUGCGGUGGUGCGACGGGGUGCCGGCGGUGAUGCACCUGCAGCUGGAGAACUACGUCUACUCCUUCGAGUUCCCCGUGGACCAGGGAAGCUGGAGGGCGACGGCGCACAUCUUCAGCGAGCGCACGGCGUACCAGCACUCCCGGCAGAGCGACCUGAUCCUGGCCGACGCCGGGUGGCACUGCAGCUUCUGCUUCAGGGAGAUCGCCGAGUUCGCGUUCAAGAUGAGAGCGUACAGCCACGCGGACCGGGUGCGGCGGCAGAGCUUCCUCGACCCGGCGAGGAUCCAGCGGGUCGUCUGCGCCGGCGCCGACCUGUUCGACAUGCUCCCCGAGGAGUACACCUUCAGGGAUCUCUUCAAGAAGAUGGGGCCAAUACCCAGGUCGGCGUCGGCCAUGCACCUGCCUUCCUAUUUGAUCAAGAACGCACGCAGGUUCAGCUUCUUGCUUCCUGGUGGAUGCUUGAGAUCAGGUUAA